AUGGCAACGUCGACAGAACAGAGGUACUAUGAUAACGGUACCGAAAGAGAAGCAGCGUCCACAGAGAUUUCCUCCUCUACGAGUACUUGUACGUCGAGCAAUUUUCCCGACAAGUUCCAGGACUUUUUUGCCGCACUCACGGAGGACACUGAUGACUUGUCAAGUAUGCUCGAGGACAAACUUAUUCCGAGGAAGUCAGAUCUUACAAACGCGGAUGCGAAAAAUAAACGAUGGAGCCAAAAUGCUUUUCAAAGACGCAGCAGCGAAGUGGCAGUGCCGAGGCAUGGGACAUCGCAAACUUCAUCUUCAGAUGGACCGAAAUCUCCGACUCCCUCCCGAAGAAGGAGUUGUAGUAUAGCAGUUGCAAGACCAACUCCGGAUUUACAUAGAUUUUUGCAAGCAGAGACAGGUCCAUGGGGACAUUUAUCACCUUCACCGAGAAGUCCUACCAGAACACCUGCAAUCAGCCCGGGGGCAGUUUCUAAUACAUCACAUCUGAGUCUAGGAACUAGCCCCGGAGGACCAAGUCCUACAAGUCCAGCAGGGUCAGCUUCCGGUUCUCGGGGUCCACCCACAAGGCAAUAUCGUGGCAGAACAAGUAGUAUGCCCCCAGCCGUACCACGACAUAAGCCAAUGCUCGGGGAAACAAAACGAUGCGGAAUUGCUGGCGGUGAUGAGGGUGAUGGCGAAGUCGAGUUUUACAGACUACGCUCAUUUUCAAUAACGGCCAAUGGAGUUUUCAACCUCGGCGACUCUUUGAAAAGUCGACAUAGCAGAAGUAUUAAUAGUGUCACGUCUUCUGGUACCAGUUGCAGUAGCAUAAGAGAUGCCAGACUUCUUAGUUCAGCUUCACAACUUUCUGGAAUGGAAGGGGAAGAGGAGUCAAGUAGCGGGCAAGUACCCUCUUACAAGGUGGGCAUGCUCGGUGCAUCAGGGGUUGGGAAAACCGCCCUCACCGUUCAAUUCACAACGAGCGAUUACAUUUGCGCCUAUGACGCUUCACUCGAUGAUGAAUACGGCCAAAAAAGUGUAUCUGUGAUGAUCGAUGGUCAGGAGACAGAACUUGAAAUAAUUGAUCAUCCAGCUUCAGAAAUGUCGGUUGAGUCCUUCUGCUCCACCUACAACCCAGACGUAUACGUUGUUGUAUAUUCCGUAGUUGACAGAAAAAGUUUAAAGUUUGCUGAGGAAACUCUUCUCCAUUUGUGGAAAAGUGACUACAUGGCUUGUCAUGGUGUGAUACUCGCAGGGAAUAAAGUGGAUCUCGAGAGGAAACGGGAAGUUCCAGCUAUGGUGGGUCGAAGAUUGGCAAACAGCUGUGGCUGUAAAUUCAUCGAGACUUCAUCUGGCUUGGCUCAUCAUGUUGAUGAGCUCCUUGUGGGAAUAUUGGCUCAAAUUAAAUUAAACCCACAGCGAGAUCGAGAUCAAGCCACGAGGAGACGAAGGAGCAAAAACAGAAAAAAAAUCCUCAAACAACUAUUAGGAUUUAAGAGGAAAACUAAAAGUUGCGAAAACUUAUUUAUAUUGUAA